AUUUUAAGGAUAACCUAAGCAAAGUGUAUGAAGCUGUCGAAGAAGCGGACUUCCUGGCCAUUGAUGGGGAGUUCUCAGGGAUCAGCGAUGGGCCUUCUGUUAGUGCAUUAACCAAUGGCUUUGACACACCAGAAGAACGGUAUCAGAAACUUAAAAAGCAUUCCAUGGAUUUUUUGCUCUUUCAGUUUGGCCUUUGCACUUUUAAAUAUGACCACACAGAAGAGAAGUAUAUUAUGAAGUCAUUUAAUUUCUAUAUUUUUCCAAAACCCUUUAACAGAAGUUCACCGGAUGUCAAGUUUGUCUGUCAGAGUUCAAGCAUAGAUUUUUUAGCAAACCAAGGAUUUGAUUUUAAUAAAGUUUUUCGCAAUGGAAUUCCAUAUUUAAAUCAGGAAGAGGAAAGACAGUUAAGAGAACAGUAUGAUGAAAAGCGUUCUCAGGCCAAUGGUGCAGGAUCUCUCUCCUAUAUUUCUCCUAAUGCCACAAAGUGUCCUGUUGCAAUUCCUGAAGAUCAGAGAAAAUUCAUUGAUAAAAUAGUGGAACAAAUAGAAGAAUUUUUAAAGAAUGAAGAAAAUGAAAGUUUGGAACUGGAGCCAUGUACAGGGUUUCAGAGGAAAUUAAUUUACCAGACCUUGAGCUGGAAGUAUCCAAAAGGUAUCCACGUUGAAACUCUAGAGUCAGAGAAGAAGGAGAGAUAUAUUGUUAUCAGUAAGGUAGAUGAAGAAGAACGAAAAAGAAGAGAACAGCAGAAACAAGCAAAGGAACAGGAAGAACUGAAUGAUGCAGUAGGAUUUUCCAGAGUUGUUCAUGCCAUUGCAAAUUCUGGCAAACUUGUUAUUGGGCACAACAUGCUGCUAGAUGUUAUGCAUACUAUACAUCAGUUCUAUUGUCCUCUACCUGAUGACCUAAGUGAAUUCAAGGAAGUAACGUCAUGUGUGUUUCCCCGGCUAUUGGAUACAAAACUGAUGGCAAGUACGCAGCCUUUUAAGGACAUCAUUAGUAAUACAUCCCUUGCAGAACUGGAAAAGCGCUUGAAAGAGGUUCCGUUCAGCCCUCCUAAAGUUGAAAGUGCAGAAGGAUUUCCAAGUUAUGACACAGCUUCUGAACAACUUCAUGAGGCGGGAUACGAUGCUUACAUUACUGGACUGUGCUUCAUCUCCAUGGCUAACUUUUUAGGUUCGUUUCUUAGUCCUCCAAAAAAUCAUGUGUCUGCUAGAUCAAAACUCAUCGAACCUUUUUUUAACAAGCUAUUUCUUAUGAGAGUAAUGGACAUACCAUAUCUGAAUUUGCAAGGACCAGACUUGCAGCCAAAACGAGAUCAUGUUCUUCACGUCACUUUUCCCAAAGAGUGGAAGACUAGUGACCUUUACCAGCUUUUUAGUGCCUUUGGUAACAUUCAGGUUUCAUGGAUUGAUGAUACGUCAGCGUUUGUAUCGUUGAGCCAGCCAGACCAAGUACAAAUAGCUGUAAACACCAGCAGAUAUGCUGAAAGUUACAGGAUCCAGACAUACGCAGAAUAUGUUGAAAAAAAACAUGAAGAAAAGCGAGCAAAAAGAAAAUGUACGGAAGAUAGUUGGAAGGAGAUGGAGAGAAAACGGUUGAAAACUCAAGGUGCACCUUACGUUUCCCAGAGUCGAUACUACUGUGUUAACAGCUCAGUGAGUUGUCUGCCUGAACACUUCAUGUCCUUGAAAAUUUUGAAGCUGUUUUUCUUGUAUUGAAAGAUUCCCCAAGAAGCACCCUUGCUAUGUUAUUUUUGGAUGAUCAACAUUUUGAUAACCCUGGAAAGCAGUCUUCAAUUUGUUUGUAGACUGAACUUCUUUUGUGAUUGAUGUUCUACAAAUUUUAGUUCUCACUAAUCCAGAAAUAAAGUGACUUGAUUCUCUUCCAAAUUCCCUUCCAUGCAGAUCUUUUGGCAUGUUUUUUCUUAGUUUUGUCUCCUUUUUCACUCGAUAGAUGGUGUUCUCUUGACAACUUGUCUCUUGCAAAUACUUCCUCUUUCCAGUGUGAUCUGGCAGUUGUACCAGCUUAGGUAUAACAUGUAACUUCAAACCUUGUGGUCUUUCAGUUCACUCAAGGUAAUUGUAGAUGCAUUUUUCUUUCCAGAGAUACAUAAACACAAAUAUUUUAAAGAUACAUGUAAACAUAUUUAUACAGUGUUAUAAAUGAUUAUAUGUGUGUAUAUGUGCAUAUUUUUCCAGAUUAAUCUGAACCAUAUAUAGUGUAGUGCUCGUUCCUAUGAUGAAGCUAGCAGCUGAUCUCUUAUAAUAGCUUCGUGUUACUGCACCCUUUAUUUAUUUAUUACUUAAUAAGCUUACUGCAUCAGCUUCUGCCAGCGAAGGGAGCACAGCUGCAGAAUGGCUGUUCUCCAUGGUGGCCACAUUCAUUCAGGAGUGAAGUUGUUGGUUGUUUCUUACAAGAAAAGCCUCUGCCUUACAUUGGCAAACUUAGAAGAACAGUAUUGAAGGUUCAUUAAUUCUUCCUUAACUCCAGAUUUCCCUUUACCAUCUUCUUCCCGUGGCAUUCAUCCUAGCUGGUGUUUGGAUAGGUCAGCAGAAAGGAGAGGUUGGGGAGGGAGGGCUGCUGGACUCUGCCUGUGCUGAAGACAUGCACACCCACACCUGCUAUCUUCAGUGACCAACAGGAAAACUGCAUUGUGCUAACUAAGCAGAUUUGCCAACUGGUGAUAUGUGAUAGGCUUUCCUUACUUUUUUUCCCUAAACUCGGCUAGUAAUUUUACUUUAAAACUAAGAAUAAAACUUUAUUUUGCUGCCCAAAAAUGGUUUGGACUCUGCUCAAAUAUCUUUUUUUUUUCUUUUGUAAUCAUAUUGUUGCUGUUAAAUGUGUGUUCUGAAGGCUGGUCUAAGACUGUCUCUAGAUGCUUUAGGUAUCCAGAAAGAUGAGGAUUCUGAAUUGGAAAAUUACUGAUAGCUUGUAGUUUGUUUUUUUCCACUUUGUUCAGUUGUUUCUCAGCAGAGUAAGGAAAUUGAGACAGACGGGUGGACGUGCUCCAAAAUAGCUGGUAAAAUUAGAAAACUGAACUUUGCUCUGACUAGUGCUCUGACUCGUAUACACAGCCAUACUCAUUUGCUACUAUUGCUAAGUGAAUAAAUAACAUUGCUGUACUUCUCGAACCUUAUUUUAGGUCGAAGAAGAAUAGGACACACGGGGAAAAAAAAACAUCAACCAAAUCCACAAUCUGUAGUCAUGUAGAUUCCAUGCAAUGAAUGAGUAAAUGUAGAAAAAAUCCUAAUAAUUUAGGAGAAAGCAGGAAGUCAACAGUACUUGAUUGCCUAUAUUUGGAUCCUCGUGCUGUCUGUUUUCUGGUCUGCUUUCUUUUUUUUUAGUUUUGUUUUCUGUUUUUGUCUGCAGGAAAAAUGUGAAGCCUGAAAUUAGUUUUUGUUUUGAACUUAUUCCUUACAGUAAGUUUCUUUCUAAGAGCCCUUAGAGUAUCUCUAAGUCCUGGAAUUGUAAUUUAUGGGUCAUGAUUUUUCUUCCCUAUGUAUUUUUCAGAAUACCUUUCCCAAAGGUAGAGUUCUUAAACUUUUCAAUUUUUUUUUAAUAUAAUAGCAAGUAGGUUGCUCCAGAAGUAAUGCCUCCUUUUAUGUCCAUGGAAGCGACAGCAGACACAAAGCUCACACUCUUGCUAUUUGAUAGAGAAAAUGCUCACCUGAUUUUUUCAAUGUUCUGUGCCCCCCCCCCAGAAAAUCUGCACCAGUUGAGGUGACUGCUGUCACUGUCACCACAGCUGAAAUGCAGCACCCCUUCUUACUGCACUGACACCACUGUUCAGUCUCCAUAAGUGUUCACAAGCACUGAUAAGUGUCACUGGGGGCCCUUUUUUCCACAUGGAGGAAUUCAGCUCCACCCUUCGCUCCCCCCACGCUUCCAUGUCAGGCGCCAUUCUGUCCCAGUGCCCCUCUGCUGCCAUCUGUCACACAGCAACAACCUGUCAUGGAAUGUUGGUGGGCAGGUUCAGCCUCUGCUGCCAUCCCACCAACAGCUGCCUCUGACAUCAGGGCUGACAUCACAAGAUAGGAGGCAUUACUUUUGGAGCAAGCCCUUGUAAUUUUUAAUUUUCUGAAUUAAAAACUUUGUUUUCACGAGGGCUCUUUGCUCCUGUCCCACCCCCUUCCCUUUCCAAACAGCAUUUUGGCUUUCGUCAUUCUGCUGAUGGUAGCUGUGUUGUGGUGACUU